GAUGCACACCGGUGGCUGCGUGCGCGCAUGUAGCUGGUAGUCGGUCCGUUGUCGGCGAUCCAAACGCACGUACCCGCCGGACACGCGACAAUGAGUUACAGCGGCAAAAGAAAAUUAUCCUUCCUCGGAUUUUCGCCACAGGGGGAAGGAGCUGAUGAGCUAAGACUGGACGAGGAGAUGGAGAGAGUGGUGUGGAACGAGGCCACCCAGCCGCCGCGGCUGCAGAACACCGCCGAGCCUCUUAGAGACCUUGCUGCGCCGCCGCCCUACUCGCAAGGCGAUGUUAGUCAACCAAGCAGUGUCGAGUUGUCACCAGUGAGCGGCCUUCAUAUCAGUUCCGAAUCAGAGCCACAGAUGUCGGGGGCGUGGUCGUCGGGCUCAGCGGGGAGUCCCCGGGACGACGACCGACGAGUGCAGUUCGACAAAGACGAGCUGUCGCCGCCAGUCGAGCCAUUAGACGACGCCAGCGACGAGAGACGAAACCAGAGGAACGCGCGACACUUACAUCCGUACAAGGCGCGCAAGUAUUCGCUGCAGGAGGGCGCGCGGGGCGGCGGGAGGGAUGAGCGCCAGGUGUCUGCUCUCACUGAUGAACCCCUGCUCGAAGCUGACCAGGAUGAGCUGCAGAGCCACCGCAGCGGGGAUCCCAGAGCGCUGCGGCGUCAUAAGAUCCAGCAGAAGGGUUCGACUCUACACCUGAGUCGGAAGGAGGCUGGAGAAAAGAUCCAAAACGUCAUCAUGGAUGCUGCGUACAAGAAGAUGUUCGAUCGUAGUCCACACUCGGUGUUUGUACAAUUGGAUGAGUUGCUGGCGACGGAGGAUGGGGAUGCCGAAUGGAAGGAGACGGCGAGAUGGAUUAAAUACGAGGAAGAUGUAGAGGAAGGAUCAGCGAGAUGGGGCAAGCCCCAUGUGGCUUCCCUCUCCUUUCACUCCCUCCUGAAUCUCAGAAGAUGCCUGGAAACCGGUGUGGUACUUCUCGACCUCGAUGAAAAGGAUCUCCCGGGGGUUGCAUACAGGGUCGUGGAGAGUAUGGUGAAGGAAGGUCUCAUUGAGGAAGAUGACAAACCGGUAGUGAUGAGAUCGCUGCUGCUUCGGCACAAACAUGUCCACGACGACAAAUUCCGCUUCUCUAUCAGCGGGGGAAGAAAGCAGUCGUACACCAGCCUACAGUCGCUGUGGGUGGAGGACGGGCUGUUGGAGCAGGCUGGCGUGCGAGCUGCCUGCGCGCAAUGCUCGACCGCGCCGAACAUGUGCCAUCGCCACAGUAUCCAACUAAUCAACUUGGCACAACAACGGCGGCGAAGCUCCCAAGCUGUGCCUAUGGACAGGGCAGAAGCACGCAAAAAGUCUUCGGGAGCCACAAUAGACGCGCGUGAAGUGGAAUAUUUGGCGACCGGAACAGUCGGCUCACAGGACGAGCUGCGACGAGGCCACAACGACUCCAUCUUGAAGAGGAUACCUGACGAUGCAGAGGCUACCACCGUCCUCGUCGGAGCCGUCGGCUUCCUCGACCAACCGACCAUCGCCUUCGUACGGCUCGCUCAGGGCAUCCAAAUGCCGUCCAUUACGGAAGUUCCGAUUCCGGUGCGUUUCAUGUUCAUUCUUCUGGGACCCACCGAAGCCGACCUCGACUACCAUGAGGUCGGUCGCUCUAUUUCCACCCUGAUGUCCAACCCGACGUUCCACUCCAUCGCAUACAAAGCUGAUGAUAGACGAGAGCUGUUGUCAGCUAUCAACGAGUUCUUGGACGAUUCCAUUGUACUUCCACCUGGAGAUUGGGAGAGACAGGCGCUCCUGCCGUUUGAGGAACUACGAGCUAAGAGUGAAAUGAUCAGGCGGCGCAAACGAGAUGCCCUCGAACGGAAGAAGGCGACGGAAAAGGCGGCCGCACCACCGCUAGACGAGAAGAAAGCUCUUCUUGCAGCAGAAACUGGUGGCAUUCCCGAAAAAGAACCUGACGAUCCCCUGUCCAAAUCUGGCAGACUGUUUGGAGGUGUAAUUCGGGAUAUGAAGAGACGAUACCCUCACUAUGUAUCCGACUUCCGAGACGCUCUGAACGGCCAAUGUGCUGCGGCCACUAUCUUCAUGUACUUCGCCGCUCUGUCCUCUGCCAUCACCUUCGGAGGUCUCCUAGCUGAGAAGACCAACAGGGAGAUUGGUAUUUCGGAAACUUUGGUAUUCACGUGUGUUGGCGGGUUGUUUUUUGCGCUGGUGGCAGGACAGCCCAUGAUGAUAACUGGAGCCACGGGGCCUCUUCUGCUUCUGGAUGAGUCGCUCUUCGCCUUCUGUCGCUCCUAUGGAUUCGAUUUUCUCGCAGCACGAAUGUACUGUGGACUUUGGAUGAUAGUUAUAGCGCUCUGUGUCGCAUCCAUUGAGGGAAGCGUUGCUGUCAAAAAAAUUACAAGGUUCACCGAGGACAUUUUUGCGUUCCUGAUAUCAUUGAUCUUCAUAUCGGAGCCGAUCACGAAUAUCAUCAAUCUAUACAGAGCGCAUCCACUCGGCUACGACUACUGUCAGCAUCCAGCCAUUGAUAACUCCACCGUGAUCCCUCUGAAUAACGCGACUGCUGUUGAUAACAACACCGUCAUCACUCUUCCUGCCCCACCGACAGUGGUCCCACCACAACCGAACACAGCGCUGUUCUGCACGAUGCUGACACUCAGUACUUUCAUCAUCGCCUACUAUCUGCGUAUCUUCCGUAACGGCAAAUUCUUGGGACGCAGUGCGCGUCGUGCCCUCGGUGAUUUUGGAGUCCCAAUCGCUAUUGUCCUGAUGGUCGGAGUAUCCGUCCUGGUGCCAGUUUGGACUGAGAAGCUGAAGGUUCCUGACGGUCUGAGCCCAACGUCCAACCGCUCAUGGCUGGUGCCACUCAACGCUGGAUUGGAGACGAUACCGCUGUGGGCUGCCUUCGCGAUGGUGCUACCAGCUCUGAUGGUCUACAUCAUUGUCUUCAUGGAAACCCAUAUCGCCGAGUUGAUCAUAGACAAGCCGGAACGUGGUCUGAAGAAGGGCAGCGGGUUCCACAUGGACAUCGUGGUGAUGUCGCUGGUGAAUGCUGUGUGUGGCAUGUUCGGGGCGCCGUGGCAGUGCGUCGCCACGGUGCGGUCUGUCAGCCACGUGUCAGCGCUGACAGUGAUGUCGACGACCCACGCACCUGGCGACAAGCCACACAUUGUUGAAGUUAAAGAGCAACGUCUAACGGGACUGCUGGUGGCACUUCUAUGCGGUAUUUCGGUGCUGGCCGCUGGCUGGCUGCGGCUGGUCCCUAUGGCUGUUCUGUUCGGAGUCUUCUUGUACAUGGGUAUAUCGGCCCUGGGCGGAAUCCAGUUCUGGGACCGAUGCAUACUCCUCCUGAAGCCGGUGAAACACCACCCUCAAGUGCCGUACGUGAGACGGGUGCCGACGCUGAAGAUGCACCUGUUCACGCUGCUCCAGAUCGCCGGUAUAUGCGUCUUGUACGCCGUGAAGUCGUCGCGUUUCUCGCUGGCUCUGCCUUUCUUCCUGGUCAUGAUGAUACCGCUGCGGAUGUCGCUCGCGUAUCUCUUCACGCCAUUGCAGUUGAGAGCGUUGGAUGGCGCACAGAAGGACAUAGAUAAGGAGGAUGAACCCGACUUCUACGAGGAGGCACCUUUGCCUUGACCGAUGUUUCCUCACCACACCAUAUAAAUGGUGAAUCAAAAUGGUGGUAGCUAAGUUGAGAAGUAUACAAUAUUUGUAUGUGUAUCCAGUAGAUUCUUCUUGAUUCGAUAAGAGUGCUACUUUCUGCUACUAUGUUAAACAAUUGAGAGUUUCAAAUAAGGGCUCAUUUAUAAGAGUUCUUAUUGAUGUUAGUGUUAUGUGUGUCUGAAACCCUGGAUUCCUGGUGAUAGUACUCUCCCUAAACAUGAUGAACUGUCUCUUCCUAAAACAAUUUAGCGGCAUUUUGGCCUAUGGGGAACAAAACGAGAAAUGAUAGAGCUUUGAAUCAUAGAAAUAAGAGAGAAGAAAGUUUAUUUUGUUACUUUAAGUCAAAGGUUAUACGUCUCACUCUAUCAAAGUAAAAAGAAAUAAUAUAACCAUAUCAAGUUUACUAAAACUUAAAUGUUAUUGUUACAAUAUUUAUUUUGUGAGUAACAUACUCGCUUGCAUAUCUGAAAGAUUAAGUACAGAAAACUUAUUUUUGUGACUAAAAAUGAAAGGAAAUAUAAGUAUUUAAAGUAGGAACAUUUCUAAAUAUUUACGAAGAAGUGAAUUUUAUGGUUAGUUAAAGAUGAUACUUAAUAAUAAAUUACCCUUUAGGCACCAGUUAACUUAAAUGUUGGUUAGUUUUUAUUGUAAUUCUACUUAAUUUUUAGGUAUACGUCUUAUUUAUUAACUUUUAAUAAGAAUUGUUAAAUGAGACAUUCCUAUAUAGUUAAUAUUACCUAUUGCGUCUACCACUGUAUAUUUUAAAACGUUGUUAAAGUUUGUCCCGAUAAUCAUUUAUGACAGAGUAAAGGAGGCCGGUAACUAACAUUUUACAAU